AUGCAUACACUCAUAAAAGAUUGCAUGCAUUCUCCAUACGUCAUCAAGAUAUCACGUCACCACUAUCGUAUCUCCUACGUUUCUUCUCUUCGAUCUGGAAAAUGGCUUUGUGGAGUUUGUCGUCAAAAUAUUGACGGUGGUUACGGUGCAUACAAUUGUGACAAGUGUAGUGAUUAUGCUUUUCACUCAAGAUGUGCUCUAAGGAAAGGUGUGUGGGAUGGAGAAGAGCUCAAAGGUGUACCAGAAAAAGACGAUAUAACACAAGAUGCACCACCGUUCGAUAUAAUAAUCGAAGGAGUGCUACAUUAUUUUCUUGGGGACAACAUACUUUUUGACGAAAACAAGCUUUGUCAAGCGUGUGUCUUGCCUAUCUUUGAAGGUGAUUCAUAUUCUUGUAUAGAAUGUGAAUUCAUCCUUCAUGAAACAUGCGUAAAAGCUCGCCGCAGAAUACAACAUACGUUACAUCCUCAUCCACUUACAUUGACGGAUGAGUCGGAUGACCUAUAUGAAUACGGCUCAUUCCAAUGCAGUGUUUGUGGGCGUAGUUGUGGUGGUUUUGUCUAUCGGUGUCCAAUAAAGGAAUGCUACUUUGAAUUAGAUCACGACAAACACUUUCUCACGAUUUCAUGGGGAAAAGAGCUUUGUGAAAAUUAUUGGUGCGAGGAGUGCGAAAAUAAUUUAAAGGAUACGUCCACAAAGCUGUUCUAUUGGUGCAAUGAUUGCUGCCCCACUCUUCAUAUUGAUUGCUUACUUAGCAAGGAUCCAUAUUUAAGACCAGGUCAAUUAAUCAUAAGAGAUAUUCAAAUUCUUAGCAAAAGUAAUCUUUUUCGACCAAUUUGUGUUUGUUGUAAGAACACUUGUCAAGGCAAAAGAUUUACUAGAGACAACCACACUGCGUGUUCUAUUAGAUGUGCUUUUAAAAUCUUCGAUUAG